AAAUAUCAUAAAGGCAAAAAAACUGAAUAUUCUGGUCCUGAAAUAUUUGGUUUGCAAUUGGAGUUUGUUGAAAAGAAGCAAAUUAAAAAGCUAUAUCCUAGAGUAUUACAACCAAUUGAUAAUUUAAGCUAG